ACAGCAGCAUCACACAGCCGAGUGAAGAUGGCGGAUUUGCGGGCGAUGCUCUUACCGGGACUUUAAACCUACGUUUUAUCGUAAACGCGGCCGAUUUGUGGAUAUUCAGACUGUUGGGACGUUUAUAAGAUCUCUGAAGGCUGGACAUUUGUCACCGCUGCCCACCAUCGCAUCUCUCCUGGAUGUCACCACGGAGACGGGAGGAGGCCGCGGGGACCGCCGAGACCCGAGAUGUCUAAAAAGUAAAUCGUAUCUAUUCUGGGAUCGAGAGUUUCAUGGAAACCAGAAGGUGGAUCGUUUCACACUGGAAGAAAUAAAUUAGAAUUCUCUUAGAAUUCUGCUGAUCUCCACGUUGCUUCUCUUCUCGUCUGUAUAAAGACCGACUCGGGUGAGAAUCCAAUUCGGUCUCGACACCCAGCGGCUGACGUUUCCUCCGAGACUUGACCAUUUCCCUUCUUUGUGUCGAGGAUUACCCAAGCAUGGCCGGACCGGGCCUCUGUAGGGGGCAGCGUUCUCCAUUGUGCCCCUGCAGUAGACUCCAUAUGAAGAUCCAUUGCUAAGAAGUGCAUGACAGUCAGUCGCACUUCUCCAUCACCUGUAAUAAAGAAGCCUGUGUAGAGUCGAACACUGGACGUUUUUGGGAGCACGAUGUUGGAGAACCUCGGGAGAGAAAGUGGAGAGAAACAUCUGAUCCGCUGAGGAGAGGUGGAGCGCAGUAAGAAGCCGGAGCGAGAGAAACCCAAUCCUCUUAAACCCAGCUGAGGAGGAAGCUGACACGCCGAGUCUGAUCGAGUGUGUGCGCCGGAGGAGCCAGGGCAGGGCGUCGUUUCAGGUCGGCGUUGGCAGCGGGGGGCACGUCAUGUGCUAUGGGGGCCAUGGUGACUUAGCGUAAAUGGCUCCUCCUUGCUCAAAGCUUGUGCCGUUGUGUGCUGCUCGACCCUCUUCGUCCUUCCUCCUCUCCCCCGGUUCCUCCUCUUCCUCCUCUGGCGUCGAGGUUCCGUUUCUCCCCGGUGAUCCGCUGCUCCCGCGCUCCCUCGGCAGCGAUGGGGCCGUGGAAGCUCCUGCGGGGCAUCAGGCAGCUGGAGCUCCAUCGCCUCAUCCUGGUUCUCAUAGUCUUCUGCCUGCUGUCCAUGGCCCUCCUGGCUUACUACGUCAGCAACAGCCCCAAGAUAAAGGAGGCGCCUCCGUUACCCUUCAGUGACUGCGGCGAGGUGGUCGGGGUGGGCGACGGCCCGCAGCGGUCGCCGCUGUUCCUGCCGCACUUCUCUGGCCGCCAAAGGACCGUUAAACCGGUAGACAACUCCCGCACGGAGCCCGUGGUUCUGGUGUUUGUGGAGAGCAUUUACUCGCAGCUGGGCCAGGAGAUCGUGGCCAUCCUGGAGUCCAGUCGCUUCCGCUACAACACCGAGGUCGCUCCUAGCAAGGGCGACAUGCCCACUCUGAUGGAGCGGGACCGAGGACGCUACGCUCUCGUCAUCUACGAGAACAUCCUAAAAUACGUCAACUUGGACGCCUGGAACCGUGACCUUCUAGACAAGUACUGCUCAGAGUUCGGCGUAGGAAUCAUCGGCUUCUUCAAAGCCAACGAGAACUCGUUACUCAGUGCACAGCUCAAGGGCUUCCCACUGUUCCUGCACUCCAACCUGGGACUGCGGGACUACCGGAUCAACCCCGCCGCACCGCUCCUCUACGUCACCAAGCCCAACGAAGUAGAGCAGGGUCCGCUACCCGGGGACGACUGGACCGUUUUCCAGUCCAACCACAGCACCUACGAACCCGUCCUGCUGGCCAGCACCAAAUCCUCCGAGGCUCUGGUCCACCUCGGACCCCAUCGCGUCCUGCACGCCACCGUGGUCCAGGACCUGGGUCUCCACGACGGGAUUCAGAGAGUUCUGUUCGGCAACAACCUCUCGUUCUGGCUUCACAAGUUAAUUUUUGUAGACUCGAUCGCCUAUCUGACCGGCAAACGACUCUGUCUAUCUCUGGAGAGACACAUACUCGUGGACGUGGACGACAUCUUUGUGGGCAAGGAAGGAACCCGCAUGAAGGUCUCAGACGUGAAGGCUCUGCUGAACACACAGAACAAACUGAGAACACUCGUCCCUGAUUUUACCUUCAACCUCGGUUUCUCUGGGAAGUUUUACCACGCAGGCACUGAGGAGGAGGACGAGGGUGAUGACAUGUUACUGGAGCAUAAAGAAGAGUUCUGGUGGUUCCCUCACAUGUGGAGUCACAUGCAGCCGCACCUCUUCCACAACGUCAGCGUGCUGUCCGAGCAGAUGAGGCUCAACAAACUGUUCGCACAGGAGCAUGGGAUUCCCACAGACAUGGGCUACGCCGUUUCACCUCAUCAUUCGGGGGUUUAUCCCGUACACAGCCAGCUGUACGAGGCCUGGAAGAACGUCUGGGGGAUUCAAGUCACCAGUACGGAAGAAUACCCCCACUUGAGGCCAGCACGCCAUCGCCGGGGCUUCAUACACAACGGUGUACAGGUAUUGCCCAGGCAGACGUGUGGUCUGUUCACACACACUAUCUUCUAUAAUGAGUACCCUGGAGGUUCUCGGGAACUGGACAAAAGCAUUCGUGGAGGAGAGCUCUUUCUAACCGUCCUUCUCAACCCGAUCAGCAUCUUCAUGACUCACCUGUCUAACUAUGGCAAUGACCGACUGGGCCUGUACACCUUCGAGUCCCUGGUUAAAUUUGUGCAGUGCUGGACCAACCUGAGGCUGCAGACUCUGCCCCCUCUGGAGCUGGCCGAGAAAUACUUCCAGAUCUUUCCAGAGGAGAGGGACCCACUGUGGCAGAACCCUUGCCAUGACAAGAGACAUAAGGACAUCUGGUCUAAAGAGAAGACCUGUGAUCGGCUGCCCAAAUUUCUAGUAAUUGGGCCCCAGAAAACAGGAACCACAGCAUUGCACUCUUUUCUCACCCUGCACCCAGCAAUCACUAGCAGCUUCCCCAGUCCCGUCACCUUCGAGGAGAUCCACUUCUUCAAUGGUCCAAAUUACCACAAUGGCAUCGACUGGUACAUGGAUUUCUUCCCCUUCCCCUCGAAUGUGAGCACAGAUUUCAUGUUUGAGAAAAGUGCCAAUUACUUCGACAGAGACGUGGUCCCUAAGAGGGCUGCAGCCUUAUUACCCAGAGCCAAGAUCAUCGCCGUGUUCAUCAACCCAGCUGAUAGAGCCUACUCCUGGUACCAGCACCAGCGGGCUCAUCAGGACCCAGCUGCUAUAAACCACACCUUCCACGAGGUGGUGACCGCAGGACCCUCGUCCCCUAAAGACCUGCUAGUUCUGCAGAGCCGCUGCCUCAAGCCCGGAGAGUACGCCACUCACCUGGAGCACUGGCUGCUGCACUUUCAAUCCAGACAGCUGCACAUUUUAGACGGGGCCAUGCUUCGAUCCAAUCCUGCCCUCGUAAUGGACGGCGUCCAGAAAUUUCUGGGACUCACGCCGACCUUCAACUACACCCAGGCUCUCACGUUUGAUGAGAGUAAAGGCUUCUGGUGCCAGAGGCUGGAAGGACUGCGUCCUAAGUGUCUGGGGAAGAGCAAAGGCAGGAAAUAUCCCGAGAUGGCCCCUGAGACGCGUGCCUUCCUGACAGACUACUACCGGGAACAUAACGUGGAACUUCUGCGUUUGCUGAACCGACUGGGCCUGACGCUGCCCUCCUGGCUCAGAGAGGAAUUACAGAGCAGCAGCUGGAGCUGAGAGUUACCUGCUUCCC